AUGGACGAAGUGCAAAGAUCCGAAUACCCAGCCAUGCUGGCAAACUUGCAACCGGGCCAGGCCGUGCAAGUGGUCAACGAGAGGCUGAAGCGGAUUGGCAAGAUCAACACCGAGAUAGCGGACUGGCUCCAGGAACGCCGGCGGCUCGAAGAUCAAUAUGUUGCUGGGCUCAAGAAGCUGUUGCUAUUCAAGGUGCCCAACGCCUCGUCCGACCUGGGCAUCUUCCAACCCUCCUGGGACAAGAUUCUCCACUCUACCGACGCCAUCGCCGCAUCGCACCACCUCUUCGCCCAACGAGUCGAGAAAGAUGUCGAGCAGGACCUGCGUCAGUUCCAAUCUCGCAAGGAGUUCCAGAACAUGACAACCAUGUCGGCGAACCUGUCUGCGAUCGCAAAAGAGUUGGAGGACGCCAAGGAGAAGGCCGACAAGCUGAGCAGGAAAGGCGGCAAGGCCAGCGCCCUCAAGGUGGACCAGGCCACGGGGAGGCUGGAAUCAGCUACCGGGCAGUGGGAGUCGCAGGCGCCAUUCAUCCUCGAAACAUUGCAGGCCCUGGAUGAGCAACGAUGCAACCAUCUCCGAGACGUCCUCACCCAGCUACAGACGCACGAAGUUGACCAGGCCGACAGGCUACGGGCCACAGCCAACGACGCCCUCACUACGAUCCUCGAGGCAGAUACAUCGAAAGAGGUGGACAACUUCGCAACGAGGGUAACAGCCGGGCGGCCCAACUUAAAGAGGAGGACUGGCACUGGCACUGCCUCGAUGGAGAGGACGCCGACUACGACAAGACAAUCUUCCUCGACUAAUGUGCAACCGCCGACGACUGCAGAUUCCAGUCUCGCUCCGCCGCAAACGGCAGCUUCCUUCAACGAUGAUGAUCGGAGUGAUCAUUCAACACCGGGCGCCGAGAAAUCUGAAAACAAACUAAGAAGCCGGAUUGGAACAAUGCUCGGCCGGCGAAGGCAGAGCGUCCAUGGCGGGUUUGGCCAGCUCUCUCCGGGCAAGAAUGCGGGCCCCUUCAACCGAGCAUCAAGCAGUCACGGUCGACUAUCACCACAUGCAUCAGCGAGUAAUCUUGCCAUCUCGACCGGUAGGCUAGAUGCAUUGACAGAAGCCCCCGACACGCCCAGAUUGCCGAAGCCCGAAGCUACUGAAGAGGCAGCAGCCACCAACGGAACUCAUCUCGAAGCCUCAGAUGAUAAUGUGCCGCCACGGACAAUCUCGACUGGUCUCAAUGGGAUGACAGUCGAAGAGAUAUUUGAUGCGCCGCCGCCGCCAGGUCCACCACCAUCGCAUCUCAACAAGGAAGGCGAACCCGCCAAGGACGAGGACGGGUUCACGAUACCGCCAGCAGCAAACGACCCUAUCUCCCAAGCGCAAAGGGAUGCAGCGGACGAGGCAGGAGAGGAGCACGAACAGUUGUUCAAGCUCAACAUACAGAACAGCCCGAUCGCCGAGGAGGACCCGGACGAGUCUAAGGCAGCGCAACUAAGUGUCGCGAACACUCUGAGCACGAUGCAGAUGCCUGCGCGCAGGUCAGGGACCGUUCGUGGCCGACGAGAUGUGCGGAACACGAUGUAUAUGCCCAACCCUCCCGCAUUGCCAGGCUCAGAGGCCGCUUCAUCCCUCUCGCCUGGUGAACCAACGCAAAAUCUACCACCAUCUCCCGCACUGCAAGGCGCAGGCAGUAGCAUGAGCUCGAGGCCGUCAGCCAUACACACUCUGGCAAGUGAGGCCAGCGUGACCGGGACCAGCGACACGCAAUCAGUCCGGAGUGCAACUAGCUUGGGAGGCAUGGCACACGGCAAGCACCCGGAUUUGACCGGACCCGGAUUAAACUCUAGCAUUGUCGAAACGGUGUCGGCGUCGUUCGAGGGAGGCGUUUUAAAAACUGUUCGGAUCAACGGGGAGAUCGCAUUUGCGUACAACGGAGACGGCACGGUUUCCGAAGCCCGCGAAGCGAUCCGUAUCAACGAUUUCCCCACUCUGGAGUCCAUCGGCCCCAACCGAAUCUUUGUGUCCAGCACACCGUCGCCGGACGAGUUCACCCUUGAUCUGUCGCACAUCCCUCCGAAGACUGCCACCCCGGCGUUCACUUACCGCGUCCACGCCGAGGAGCCCACUUCCUCUCACCUUGCGAGCCACUGCCCUGUGAUAAUUAACCCAGCCUGGAAGCCAACCGGCGACAAACUCGGAUUACUGCUACAGUACAAGCUCAAUCCCGAUUUUAAGCAUGAGGCGGAUAAGCCCGUGGUGCUCAAGGGCUUCACCAUUAUUGCAACCUACACAAAUGCGCGCGCCAGCGGUGUUCAGACGAAACCUGCGGGCACGCACCUCAAGGACAAGCACGUGGUUUACUGGCGAUUAGGAGACGUGACACUCCAACCUGGGUCGGACUGGCACAAGAUUGUUUGCCGGAUCAUCGGAGCAGAGAACGGCGAGCCGAAACCCGGCAACAUCGAGGCUAGGUGGGAGUACAUCAGCUCCAGCACCGCUUGGGAGGAGGAGGGAGACGAGGGCAGCCACAGCGGCGGUAUCUCGAUAAGCCGAAAGAGAGAGGGCAAAGGGAAGGGCAAGGCCACGGCGGAAGACGAGAAGAGCGACAGCGAGGACGACCCCUUCGCGGACGAGAGCGCAGCUGUGAGCCCGAGGCUGAAAGACCAGAACGUCAGCUGGCAGCAGAUACCGACUGUGCGGAAGAUUGUGAGCGGAAAGUACGAGGCAAAGUGA